AUACUGAAGUAUGAACUGAAAGAACCUGAGUUUCCGCCAUUAUUGUUGAAUGCUUAUUGGAAGUUGGAAGCGCAGAAUACGGAUUUGAGGAUCGAUUAUCGGCUAAAUAUGAGUAGCAGUAUUACUUGCUCAUUGUUAAAUAUUGUAUUCACAACAAAAGUGGAAGGAGCAGUGGUGAAUGUAAUUGCGGAUCCUAAGGCAGAAUGAAAACUGUACAAGAACUGUGAAGCACUUCUGAUUCUUCGUUAUUUUCAGACAUCGGAUGCAUCGAUUUCCGGUACGAAUAUAGUGCUUGCGGGUGAUGACGUGUAUCACUUAUCAAUG